CAUUGAUAGUGUAUAUAAUAAAGAUGAAGUACUUCCUGUUAUUUCUUCUAAUAACUGUGACAGUUCACUGGUCAGUUGCACCACCCGUUAAUCAAAAAAGCAAAGAUUAUGAUAAUAAAAAUGAAGUUGAAGACAUAGAACCAAUGGUAGACAUGGAAUAUCGCAGAUACCUAAUGGAAGUAGUUCAGGUGUUAGAAAGUGAUCCUGAUUUUCAAAAGAAGUUGGAGAAAGCAGAUGAAGCAGAUAUACGUACAGGAAAGAUAGCCGAUCAACUACAAUUUGUGAACCAUAAUAUUAGAUCAAGAUUAGAUGAAAUAAAGAGAGACGAACUAGAAAGAUUAAGACAUCUUGCGACAAAAGAAAAUGAAUUAAAGAAUGGUUUAGAUAUUGAACAUUUAAAAAUACCUGAACAUUUAGAUCAUACGAAUACACGUACAUUUGAGAUCCAGGAUCUAAAGAAAUUAAUUGCUAAGACUACUGAAGAUUUAGCAAAAGCUGAUAGGAGGAGACGUGAGGAAUUUAAACAACAUGAAAUGGAGAAGAAAUACGAAGAACAAGAAAAGAUAAAACAUAUGAACGACGCAGAAAAAAAGAAGUAUGAACAAGAACUGCAAGCAAUGAAGGAAAAGCAGAAAAAACACGAACCUGUACAUCAUCCAGGAAGUAAACAACAACUAGAGGAAGUAUGGGAAAAACAAGAUCAUAUGGAAAGCGAAGACUUUAAUCCCAGAACAUUUUUUUUCUUUCAUGAUAUUGAUGGUAAUGGAGUAUGGGAUCAAGAUGAAGUUAAAGCUUUAUUUUUGAAAGAAUUGGAUAAACUUUAUGCUCAAGGAGCACCUCAGGAGGAUUUAUUAAAGCGAGCUGAGGAGAUGGAGAGAAUGAGGGAACAUGUAUUCAAUGAGGCCGAUCUUAACAAAGACGGUCUUAUUAGUUAUGAAGAAUUUUUGGAACAAACAAAGAAACCAAAUUUUCAACAAGAUGAAGGGUGGCAGGGAUUAGAUGAACAACAAAUUUACACUCAGGAAGAAUUUGAAGCUUUUGAAAAAUACAAGCAAGAGGAAAUACAGAAAAUGAUUGCCCAAGGAAUGCGACCACCACACCCAGGUAGUAUACCGGCACAGUCCGAGCCGUUUCCAUCACAAUAUGGGCAAGGACCAGUUGCUCCUGGAUUAGUUCCUCCCCAAGUAGAUCCAAAUCAAAAUAUGCUUCAUCAACAAUUCCAAGACCAAAGUCAUCCACAGUAUCAAGAGCAGCCACAGAUUGUAGUUCCUCAGCAACAUGGUCAAAUUCCUCAACAACAGCAACAACAGUUUCAAGGGCAGCUACCAUCGAAUCAGCAAUAUCAGGUACCUCAAAAUCAAAUCCCUGUUCAGCAAGUACACCCUGGAGCGGUACCGGUUCAACAAGGGCAGCAAAGUCAGCCUUUAGUUCAACAGCAACCUCAAGCUCCAAAUUUUCAACAACAACCUCAAGCUCCAAAUUUUCAACAACAACCUCAAGCUCCAAAUCUUCAACAACAACCUCAAGUUCCAAAUUUUCAACAACAGCAAAACAUAGUAAAUCAAGUACCACAAAAUAUUCAGACGAACGCCGUGCCACAAAAACAUAGUUCAAAUCAAGCAGAUUCACAACCCGCGCAAGCGCCCGCCCAACAAGAACUUAAUAGAAAUAAAAUUUCAGUUCAUGAGAAAGUAUAAUUGCGUCCUCAAUUCGGCAAGACUGUAAGAUUUACUUUGACAAGAGUACGCCUUCAAUUUUUUAAAGAAUUGAAUUUUGUCAUUUUAGAGUAUUUUUUAUAUCUUUCGCUGUUAUUUUACUCACUGAUUGUAACAUUUGUAUGAUCGUACACACAUUACGCUCAUCACGGAAGUCGAACAACUUAUCGUGAAAUGUAAAUAAAUUAUUUCCAAGAAAAAUAGACGUAUUAAAAAAACAUUGUUUAUUUGCUGCCUUAGUACUUUACGAAGUAAUAAUUCAUUGUCUUUUUGGUGCAGAACCUUCGUUUUUAUCAAGAAUAUGUAAUCGUUGGAACAUCGCGUGCAUCGAAAGAUAAAGAAUAUAGGAGGGGUUGCUGUGCGAUUCAGUGAAAAAGAUCAUAUUUAAUUUCUCAUAUUUAUUAUUGCAUACUGUUUAUGUUAGUAUAUUACUUAGAUAUAUGUGCCAAAUAGCAACUUAAAUAUAUGAUUGCGUGAUUCAUCUGUUUGUUUCACCCGUCAAGCACGGAUAGGUAGGUAGGUGGGUAGGUAGGUAGGUAGGUAGGUAAUGUAACGCUUACUCCACUAUAUAUAAGGUGUAUUUAUAAUUAUAGCAUAUGUUGGUAGAACGUCAUCUUACAUGCUAAUCGGUAAUAAAUAAAAGAGGAAUUCGUAAUUGGUGACGGGUUUUGCUUGCAUCCGUGACUAAAGAAAACUAUUUCCAAAACCUCGUAUCCGAGGUAUUUGGAAGAAAACGGAAACAAACGUCGCUUCGCGAUUCGUCACGGGUACACACACAUAUUUCGAGCGUUUUCUUAAAGACACGCGCGCAACUAUUCGUAUAGUGUGUCGGUUUAAUCAAUUCGACUAUCUACUGAAAAAGAAAUACUUUGUUUUAAUGUAAAUAGAAACAAUAGUAACUACAAACUAUCGCCAUCUGCAAAGAAACUUGCGCUUGUCGUCGUUCUUGGACAGCGAGCGUCUUCUACUGUAAGCUGCGCGACGAUUUCGAACGAAUCGAUUGAGAUUAGAAACUGAAACGAAGACAGUUAGACAAUUCGGUUCGCAGAAUCAGGCGAUCGAAGCUGAAAGGCGAUAGAAACGUGUAUGUAACAGUCGUUAUAACGAUUCGGAGACAUUCUAAAUUUUGAGGUAAGAGCUGGUCGGAAAUUGCUACGAUCAACUUCGAUCGCGAGAUCGCAUUACCUGAUCCUUUUCGAUUUCGCUCCUAAUUAUCGCGAGACACUGGUCACGUGAAGCCAUACGCGCUCCACAACUUUAUUUGCAAUCGCUUUCAAAAAUAUUUAUCGUACCAAAAGAACGCCUUUCUAUCUGUUACUGCAUCGACCAAUGCCUCGUUAGCGCACUAUGGCGGCAAAUUCAAAUGAAACAGAGGCUCGGAUCUUAAAUUACAUAAAAUACCUUUACGACCGGACAAAUAAAUAUAUUACAGGUUACGAUAA